UACAGACCUGCAUCAUCAAAACUGUUGUCUGCAUCGAAAGAAAGACAACAAGACCAAGUACAAUUUAUCAAUACUUUCAUUAAAGCAUGUCAGUGAACUAUGCAGAAGGCCUGUCGGCGUAUGAACAUAAGGGAAAAUGUGGCCUGGCAGAGAAGUUUGACCCUCCUGACAUUGUUGCUGAGAAAGUCUCAAAGCUUGUUUCUAUGAUCCGAAGCAGUAGACAUAUAGUGUUUCACACAGGGGCAGGAAUUAGCACUGCAGCAGGCAUCCCGGACUUUAGGGGACCAAAUGGUGUAUGGACGCUAGAGGAGCGUGGGGAGAAGCCAACAUUCAAUGUCACAUUUGAGAGUGCUGUACCCACCUUUACACACAGAGCUCUCGUUGCCAUGGAAAUACUUGGCUUGGCAAAGUAUGUGAUCAGUCAGAAUGUUGAUGGGCUUCAUGUACGAUCUGGUCUCCCUAGAAACAGGAUGUCUGAGCUACAUGGCAAUAUGUUUGUUGAGGAGUGCAACAAGUGUGCUAUGCAGUACAUUAACCGUGAGGUGGUUAGGACAAUGGGCGUGAAGUUGACAGGCAACAUCUGCAUACAGAAGAAAUCCCGUGGUACUUGCAGGGGCCAGCUACAGGACACAGUGCUUGACUGGGAACAUGCCCUCCCUGACAUGGAUCUUGACCGUGCAGAAAAACAAGCCAAGGCGGCAGAUCUCAGCAUCUGUCUUGGAACAUCUCUACAGAUCGUACCAAGCGGAAACCUGCCCCUAAUAACCAAGCGAUCUGGUGGGCGUGUAGUCAUUGUCAACUUACAGCCCACAAAGCAUGACCGGAAGGCGGAUCUGAAAAUCUGCACAUAUGUGGACGAUGUGAUGAGGCUGGUCUGCCAGCAACUGGGUGUAAUUGUCCCAGAGUAUGAUGGGCCGCAUGUGGUGCUACGAUCUGUUCACACGGGCCUAGGGGAGGACGACCUUGCUGUUGUAGUUAAGGAUGAUACCCUUGUCCGGAAACCCCACCCAACAGUUACAGCCGUGCAGGCAGGGUGUAAAGCACUGGUGGAGAGGGGGGAGGGGACAGAACAGUCUAGGCUGAAAUCUGAGGGAGAUGACAAAGAGUGUGAUACCAAAAAUUGUGUUGAAAACAAAUUACUAGUACUUGGAAAAGCUCCAAUUGAUGCAAGGAUACAUGAUACAUCGAUAAAAACUGAAGUUGGUAAUGAAAACAUUCAAGCUGAAAAUGAACCAGAGGUUAAAAGAAAAAAGUUAGAUAAACCUGGCGAUUGUAUCAAAACAGAUUUAGUUAAAGAUGAGAAACAAAGUGAAAAUUGAAGAAAUUAUUCAAUAUUACAUACUUCAAACUGUGCAGAACUACUUUGCAAAAGUAAGAAAUAGGAAGGCAGUUCCAAGUUUACCAGUCUGAGGCUAGAGCAUGGAAAAGAUGACAGCUCAUAUGGUAUGGUCUUAUGUGGUAACUCCCAGUUUUCACACACUGACAGUGCUUUUAGCAGUCAAAAUACUUGUGCAUCAGUUGACUGUGACAAUGUUGAGACCAGUAGUGAAGCUUGGGUGUCAGUAACAGUUCACUUCAGGGAAGCAUUGGGAGUCUGUGGUAGUGCAACCGUUGACUGCACAGUGAAAAGGCAGUCUUCACAAUUUACUGAUAUUCCACCUAGCUGAACAUGUCCAAAGUUGUUAUAGCAUUUUACACUGUAUUAAUGGAAUGAUCUCUUAUCAAUUAUCUUAAGGAUUUUUACCUAGCUCAGUAAUAUAUAAAUAUUGACUGCCUUGAGGGUGACGGUGCAUAUUGUCAACCAGAUGUAAAUACUGUCGACCAAGGCAUAUUUUAUUGUACUGAAUGAAACUAAAGAACAAUUGUGUUGGAUGACAAACACCAAAAAAGUGUAAUAUUCCAUUUGAUUUCAGAAUGUUUAAAUAUGUACGGAAGAAAUAAAACUUUUUAUAUAUGACA